AUGCAGAAGGGUGAACUGAGCAACUCACUGAGAGAUUUGUUGAAGGAGAAGGUCAAAAAGCUUCAGUGUCACUUCACAUGGGGCCUUCAGAAGGAAACCAUUGAUUUGGAUGAAAUGAUGUACAGAUUGCAAAAUUCUGUAAAUUUUGGUGUCAUAUAUCAAGCCACAUUCUAUAACCAACUCGCUUUUGUAAACUGCCUGCAAGGCAACUAUGAAGAAGCAAUUCAGAACUUAAAGGAAGCUGAAAAAAUUCUGAGGGAGAAUCACAAAGAUGAAUUUGAAAGAAGAAGCAUCACCUAUGGAAACUUUGCCUGGGUGCAUUACCACAUGGGACAACUGACCGAGGCCCAGUCCUACCUUGACAAGCUGGAGAUGAUCUGUAAACUGCUCACUAACUGCCCUCGCUAUACAGCAAUGAUACCUGAAGUGUACGGGGAGAAGGGAUGGUCAUUGCUGAGUUCUGCUGGCGAAUACUAUGAGGAGGCAAAGGAAUGUUUUGAGAAGGCUCUGGAGGAAGAUCCUGAUAACACAGAAUGGAUCAUGGGAUAUGCAACUGCUCUACUUUGUCUGGAAUCAUUUUCUGGUACCCCAGAGAAUUAUAAAUGGAGUCAGUCAGUGAAACAGCUGCAACGUGUACUGGAGCUUGAUCCCGACGACUCAAUGGCCAUGGUGCUGUUGGCCCUAAAGCUACUAGAGUUCAAUGAAAAGGAGGAAGCAAAUGGAUUAGUCAAAGAAGCACUGCAAAAGAUCAAUGAUCUUCCAUAUAUGCUUCGCUAUGCAGCAAAAUUUUACCGAGUACAGGGAGCUGUGGAGAACGCCGUCAAGCUGUUGAAGGAAACAUUAGAAUUAACUCCACACUCGAGCUUCUUCCACCAUCAAAUGGCCAUGUGUUACAUGAGUAAAAUAAGAGACACAAAGAAAAGUCCAAUCAGCAGAAGCCAUCACAGUAUGGCUUUUCAGCAGGAAUCUGAAUUGAUCAGUCAAUGCAAGUAUCACUUUGAAAAGGUCUGUGAACAUCGUGUAAGGUCAGCUAUUAAAUCACAGAUGCAUUUUGCAAACUUCUGUGAAAUAAUUGGAGACUACUCCAAAGCAGAUGAGGUCUACAGCAAUCUGGUGAAAUUGAAGGAUAUUUGUCCAGAAAAUAUGCAGAAAAUAUAUUUACGUGCCGGGUCAUUUGAACUGAAACACAAAAGGUCUAAAUCCAAUGCGAUCAGCCUAUUCUUGAAAGGACUGAAAGUUGAAUAUGACUCAUAUGAACGAAAAAAGUGUCAUGAGGAAUUGGAGAAGUGGGCAGACAGGAAACUUUGCAGGUAUCAACACGAUAGCAAGGCCCUUGGUGUUAAAGGGUUACUGCAUCAGCUGAAUGGGAACAAGUCUAAAGCUAUUGAAUACUUUCAGAAAGCCUUGGAGUUUGAUCAUGGCAACAAGGAAUAUCUGAGUGCGCUUUGUGAAUUAUGCCUUUCCAUGAAGAGCCAAAAUGAUGCUUGA